CUUUAAGUUUGGUCAUACGCGUUGUCUUUUGUUAGGAAGCGGCUUUCAACCCAAACCGAGCUCCGCGUUAAAGGGAAGUUGUAAUCGGUAAAGAUUAAAGCCGAGUUUAAGCAAAAGAAGUGCGGGGAUUAUUGUCUCUUCCUUUUCGAUCACCAUCACACCACAAAAGAAGCAAAAAUCAUUCAAGAUGCCAAGACCAAACGUACAGUCAAUCGAAUCUGCUAAACAGCAAAUAGUAGAUAUGAUAGAAGCAAUGGGAGAAGAAACUUCACCUGGGUUCAGUAAAUCAUGCAUCGAUCAACAAUCCGCUAGGUUACUCGUUGCUGAACGAUCGGAAGAUUUAAAAAAGAGUAAAGUUGUAGUUGAAAUGAAAGUAACGGAAAAGAUGACGAAUCAAUUGGGUAAUCUACAUGGAGGUGCACAAACAACAAUUAUGGACUGCUUCACAAGUUUGGUGAUCUACCUUCAUACCUCUAGUAAUUUUGGAGAACCAUGGUCAAUGUUGGGUGUAUCACAAUCAAUGCAAAUCAUCUUUACAGCCCCGAUCCCAGUGGAUUCAUAUAUUGAUGUUGAAUGUACUUCAUUGGCCAUUGGAAAGAGUGUUGCAGCAAUUACGUGCGAAAUAUGGACAAAGGAUGGAAAAGACGGAAAAAGACUUGUCCGUGGAUCUUCAGGAACACACACAAAGAUUGAUAAUAGUGUUCAAUCAAAGCUAUAGAAAGAGAAGAUUCGAUUAUCAGUAUGUAGAUCACUUUAACAGACAACUGAACGGCACCUUAAAAGACCUAGUGUGCACCUUACCUUCCCUUAUCGUUGCUGAAGAAA